AAUGGGUACCCAUGUUUGGGCCCAUGGUCGUCUCAGCGUCGCUGACCAGUAAAAGAAAUAUAUCUUCCUUCUCCCAUAGCCGCCUACAGAGCAGGAGCUCAUGGCGAUGCAGAUGUCGCCAUAGCCGCCUACAGAGCAGGAGCUCAUGGCGAUGCAGAUGUCGGCCGCCGGAGGUGUUGAAGUCGAGUUUUUGUCAGAUCCCGUCGACAGAUUUCCACUGCGAGAUCUCGCUGCCGCACAGCCCUUGGUUGCUUACGAGACGUACAAAUCCAUGGAGUGUGAGCCUGCUGAGUCCAGCAUUGGUGAUGUGGGAGACGCUCCGGUCAACAGUAAUUGCAAUGCGAUUGCCUUGUCUGCAGCAGCAUCUGAGCAUUCUACGGGCAAAGACACCCCUGAAGCCCCAGGCUGGAGGAAGAGAAUGCGAGUCGGAAGUUCAUCUAGCGAGCGCCACCCAUGCGCUGAUAGGAUGAGUGCUUUGGAAGCAACACUAAGAAGCUAUGCAGAGAAAAAAAUGACACUGUCGUAG